GCAGGUCUGUUACAUCGAGCACACCCAUUCAAACGCAGGUCGUACCUAUCUAUCCACGCUCCCAAACCUACCCUCAACGUCUUCAACUACUUUCACACUUUCUCACCGUCAUAAUGAAGUUCACUCUUGCCCCCGCUGCCGUGUUCUUCCUUGCCACCUCUGCUGUCGCUGGUCGUGCCUAUCGCAGGUCGUUCGACUUUGACGAUGAGCUCGCCCUUGCCGCCCGUGAAGUCGAGAUCGCCGACUACCUUGAGGCUCGAUUGGCAGACUUCAUUGAUGACAUCUACGAGCGAACCGGCCCCUUCAUGUCAAUGAACGCCGCCCAAAAAAAGGACGCCUCAAAGUUCAUCAAAGACGCUCACAAAGGCGGCAAGCUCUCCAUCGCCGCCGCUCCGGGAAGCUCGCAAAAGACAGUCCUGACCAAGGGUAACUGGCAUCUGGAUAGACAGCAAUCGUCCAACGCGAACAGGGAGUAUAAGGUUGCUGUGCAGAAGGCUGGGCAGAGAGGAAAGGGCGAGUCGACGACGGCUGCACAGGUUAAGAUGGCUGGGUUCCCUAAUAACAAGCAGCCUAAUUCGUCAAAGGUACACAACAAGCUCCAGCACUCGUUGAAGAAGGGCAAAGAGACGCAGAUUAACUACCCUUCGAGGAAGCAGGCGGCGCACCAGGAACGCAUGGCCAAACAACAGGCUGCGAAGAAGGCCAAGGCUGCUAAGAACCACGCUACUGGUACCGCUCGCGCCAAGAGCGGAAUCUUCAGGAAGGGAAAGAAGUAAAUGUAGAUACAACUACAAGUACAUACUACUACGACGCUUCAGGACCUCGUGUAUUUGGGGAUUUUGUGGAAUGACUAUAGCGUCAGUCAGACA